AUGACAAGGAAGAAGGUAAGGUUGGCAUACAUCACCAACGACUCGGCCAGGAAGGCGACCUUCAAGAAGAGGAAGAAGGGGCUGAUGAAGAAGGUGAGCGAGCUGAGCACCCUGUGCGGCAUCGACGCCUGCGCCAUCGUCUACAGCCCCUACGACUCCCAACCGGAGGUCUGGCCCUCCCCCACCGGCGCCCACCUCGUCCUCUCCAAGUUCCGCAAGAUGCCGGAGAUGGAGCAGAGCAAGAAGAUGGUGAACCAGGAGAGCUUCCUUCGCCAGCGCAUCUCCAAGGCCCGCGACCAGCUCAAGAAACAGCUCAAGGAGAACCGCGAAAAGGAAGUCGCCAACCUCAUGUACCGCGCUCUCGCCGGCAAACCCUCUCACCACGCCCUCUCCCUUCCCGACCUCCACGACCUCGGCUGGCUCGUCGACCAUUACCUCAACGACAUCCGCCGCCGCAUGGACUCUUUUGGUUUGGCCGGCGGUAGUGGUAGCAGCGGCGGGAGUACUGGUGGUGCUGGAGAGAGUAACCAUCAGCAGUACCACCUGCAGGCGGCUUCGGCCGUGGGGCUGGAGGUUGGGAAUAUGGGGGCGGAGGCGAUGCAGAGUCACCGGUGGCUGAUGGAGCUGCUCAACUCGUCAAGCGUGAACGUGGAUCAGACAGGGGAGGAUAUGAAUACGAUGCUGCCAUUGAUUGGGGAUGCUACCAACAACUACCACAGCAGUUUGUGGUCGAGUGCUUUUUUCCCGUGA